GCAGCUUCCACCAGCAGUCUAUCAGGAGAUCAGCAGCAGCAGAACCAAUGGCUCUUGUGGAUGCCUUCGUCGCAGCUCUGCUCUCUGGGCCCACUGCUGUGUUGCUGGCUGUUGUUCUGCUGCUUCUCCUCCAUCUGGUCUCUGCUGCUUUCAGCUCUAAGGAACCACCAGGACCAAAGCCGCUGCCUCUGGUUGGAAACUUGCUGCAGCUGGACCUUCAGAGGCCUUACAGAAGCCUGUAUGAGCUCUCAAAGAAGUAUGGAUCUAUGUUCACUGUUUACCUGGGACCCAAGAAAGUGGUGGUUCUGGCCGGGUACGAGGCAGUGAAAGCGGCUGUGGUUGGCUAUGAGCGACGUGAUUGUCCUUUGUUUAAGGAUCUGAACCCAGGAGGUCAUGGGAUUGUGUUGGCAAAUGCCCUGAAAGACUUUGGUAUGCCACGAAGUCUCUCUGAGGAGCAAAUCUUGGAGGAAUGUGGAUAUCUGAUAGAAGUGUUUGAACAGCAUGAAGGGAACCCAUUUGACACAACUGCUCCUGUGAAUUAUGCAGUUUCCAAUGUUAUCGCAUCGAUUGUGUACGGAAGCAGAUUUGAAUAUGGAGAUCCUCAUUUCACAAUCGUGGUGUGUGGAGUCACUGAGAUGAUCUCUUUGGCAGGUUCUGCAACAGUCCAGUUUUACAACAUGUUUCCCAGACUGCUCCGCUGGAUACGUCAAGCUAUUGCAAAAACUGGUGGAAACGAUGUCGGAUUCAUGAAGGAUUUCGUGAAGCAUCUGAAAAGGACGCUGAAUCCAGACAUGAGCCGAGGGUUUGUGGAUUGUCUUCUGAUCCGGCAGCAGGACGAACAGGACAUGGGUGUUCCAGACUCUGUGUACACUGACCAGAACUUGGCGUCCUUGGUGGGUGACCUGUUUGCUACUGGAACCAACACAUCUGCCACCCUGAGAUGGGCGUUACUGUUUAUGGCCAAAAAUCCACAGAUUCAAGACCAGGUCCAAGAGGAGCUGGACAGGGUGCUAGGACGUGGUUAUAUCUCUGUGGAGGACCGGCGGAAGCUUCCAUUCACCAAUGCUGUGAUUCAUGAGACCCAGAGGAUGGUGAACAUCGUCCCCAUGGCCGUCCCUUACCAGACCACCCAUGAUGUCGCCUUCCAGGGAUACUUUGUUCAACGGGGAACAACCGUGUUUUCUCUGCUGACUUCUGCCCUGUAUGAUGAGAGUGAAUGGGAGACUCCACACACCUUCAAUCCUGCUCAUUUCCUCAAUGAGGAGGGCAGAUUCAUCCAGCGUCGUGCCUUCAUGGCCUUUGCCAGAGGUUGCAAGGUUUGUCUUGGAGAGAGUCUGGCCAGGAUGGAGCUGUUCCUCUUCUUCACCUCCCUCCUGCAGCGCUUUCGCUUCACUGCUCCACCUGGGGUUCCAGAGGAUGACCUGGAUCUGACUCCAGCUGAAGGAGUUACUUCAUCUCCUCCACUUCACCAGCUGUGUGCCAUCGACCGCUGGAGAUCAAAAGAUGUGCGAUUUCUUCAUCAACCUGCAGCUGCAGCAAUUCUCCUUGAUUGUUCAGACCAGUUAAAUAGCAGCAGCUUCCACCAGCAGUCUAUCAGGAGAUCAGCAGCAGCAGAAACAAUGGCUCUUGUGGGUGCCUUCAUCGUCGUUCUGCUUGCCUUGCCCACUGCUGUGCUGCUGGCUGUUGUUCUGCUGCUUCCCCUGCUUCUCCUCUAUCGGUCCUCUGCUGCUUCCAGCUCUGAGGAACUAUGUAAGGAACCACCAGGACCAAAGCCGCUGCCUCUGGUUGGAAACUUGCUGCAGCUGGACCUUCAGAGGCCUUACAGAAGCCUGUAUGAGCUCUCAAAGAAGUAUGGAUCUGUAUUCACGGUUUACCUGGGACCCAAAAAAGUGGUGGUUCUGGCCGGCUACGAGGCAGUGAAAGCAGCUGUGGUCGGCUAUGAGCGACGUGAUUUUCCUUGGUUUAAGGAUCUGAACCCACUACCUCAUGAAUUCGCAUAUGUAUGCGCCCUCAAAAACUAUGGGUUGCCACGAUGUUUCUUGGAGGAAAUAAUCUUGCGGGAAAGUGAUCAUCUGGAGGACAUGUUUAUACAGCAUGAAGGGAACCCAUUUGACACAACUGAUCAUGUGAAUUAUGCAGUUUCCAAUGUUGUUGCGGCGAUUGUGUACAGAGGGAGACUUGAAUAUGAAGAUCCUCGAUUCAAAAAUGUCAUGUCUAGAGUCACUCAGAUGACAUCUUUCGCAGGUUGUGCAACAGUCCAGUUUUACAACAUGUUUCCCAGAAUGCUCCACUGGAUCAAAAACCUUCAAGCUAUUAUAAAAGCUAAUGAAAACGAUGCCAGAUUCAUGAAGGAUUUCUUGAUGCAUCUGAAAGAGACGCUGAGCAUGGCAAGGUGGCGAGGGUUGCUGGAUGCUUUUCUGAUCCGGCAGCAAGAAGAACUGGAGGAGGGUAAUCCAGACGGUCUGUACUCUGACGAGAAAUUGGUGCCCUUUGUGGGGAACCUGUUUGCUACUGGAACCAACACAUCUGCCACCCUGAGAUGGGCGUUCCUGUUUAUGGCCAAAUAUCCACAGAUUCAGGACCAGGUCCAGGAGGAGCUGGACAGGGUGCUAGGAAGAGCUUAUGUCUCUAUGGAGGACCGGAGGAAGCUUCCAUUCACCAAUGCUGUGGUUCAUGAGACCCAGAGGAUGGUGAACAUCGUCCCCAUGGCCGUCCCUUACCAGGCCUGCCGGAACGGCAUCUUCAAGGGAUACAUCAUUGAACGGGGAACAACCGUGUUUUCUCUGCUGACUUCUGCCCUGUAUGAUGAGAGUGAAUGGGAGACUCCACACACCUUCAAUCCUGCUCAUUUCCUCAAUGAGGAGGGCAGAUUCAUCCAGCGUCGUGCCUUCGUGGCCUUUUCCAAAGGUUGCAAGGUUGAUCUUAGCGAGAAUCUGGGCAUCUUGGAGCUGUUCCUCUUCUUCACCUCCCACCUGCAGCGCUUUCGCUUCACUGCUCCACCUGGGGUUUCAGAGGAUGACCUGGAUCUGACUCCAGCUGAAGGAGUUACUUCAUCUCCUCCACCUCACCAGCUGUGUGCCAUCGACCGCUGGAGAUGAAAGAUGGCUGCUCUUUUAAAAGUCUCCUUCAUGACACGCACAAGCUAGCAUGGAGACUACGUUUUAAAUCAGGAUUUAGAAGUUGAUUUUAAAUGUAUAAGUGAUUGAGAAUUAAUGAUUUUAAAAGAAAGCCACUGUUUGUAGAAUGUGGUCCUGGAGGUGAGGCUGUUUAUUGCAGCUAACUGAAAAUCCUUCAGCUUCCAGAAGAAUUUAAGGUAGAAUCUAAAGUUUUAAUGUGGUAGAAGAAAAGAGCUGAUUUUUAUUGUUAAAACACACUAAUGAAUGUUACUGAAAUGAACACAAGGUGCAUGUAACCACAAAUAACUGGUGUAAUUCACUUCUGUUUGUCUGAUCACAUCGUUGCACGAUAAUUUAAUGUUCUUUGUUUUCUAGCUAGACUAAUCCAAUGUGCUGCACAUGUCCAGAUUUGGGUCACUGUGGAUUUUAAACACUAAUAAACUUUAAUAGAUUCUAA